CCUCUUUGAUCGCCCAGAGUCCCCUCACUGGCUUCCUCCUGCACAGAGACAGUGGAGAGAGAGAACCAACGGGCUCAGCAGAAAGCAACCCACUCCCUCCCUCCGCCUCCCUCUUGGAGCCCCCGGCGGCGGCAUUCCCUCUCCACCCUCACGUAAAGACUGUUAGCUCAUGAUGACUUUUCGAGAUCAUAACCCUGAGACUAGUUUAGUUCAUUCUCGCAAGUCUCAGCCUUCAAAGAAGAAGCUCCGUAAGUUAUCGGAUGAUGUUGAAGUACAAAUCAUCGAUGAUGAUGAUGAUUCAAAGCAGCUUGUCCUUUACAAUGCCGAGAUCGCACAGGAUAAGGAAGGGGUUGAAGUUACUGAGCCUAUACAUCAAUCCAGUCCACUGCAGCAAAGAUUCCCAAAGGCAAGAUAUGGACAUGCCUCAAUUUUACCUUCUAUCGGUGCUUAUACUGUGCAGUGUGCUGACUGUUUCAAGUGGAGGAUCGUUCCAACAAAGGAAAAAUAUGAAGAGCUACGUGAGACUAUCUGUGAGGAACUUUUUGUGUGUGCAAGGGCUUGUGAGUGGAACCGCGUUUUAUCAUGUAAUGACCCAGAAGAUAUGUCACAAGAUGGAAGUCGGGUGUGGGCAAUUGAUAAGCCAAGCAUUGCCCAACCUCCUCCUGGCUGGGAUAGGGACGUCAGAAUCAGGGGGGAGGGUUCCAGCAAAUUUGCAGAUGUGUAUUACACUUCUCCAUCUGGAAAGAAGUUAAGGUCAUUGGUUGAAAUUGGGAGGUAUUUGGCAGAGAACCCACACUACAUUCAGCAAGGGGCUAGUUUAUCUCAGUUUUCUUUUGCUAUCCCCAAACCUCUGCAAGAAGACUAUGUCAAGAAGCGUACACAUGCAGCUCAUGGACUACCAGAGCUUCCGGAGGUGGUUGAAGCAAAUCCGUUGUGUUGGGCAGCGCCUCCUACUCGCAAGGAACUUCUUAAACUGGGCACUUCAGCUUCAAAUCCAUUCGACCUUGACCUCGACCAGCCAACGUCAGCUUUAAACCCCACCAACCUCGACCAGCCCGGGUGGUUUAAAUCACCAGCUGUGCACACCAAGAAGCGAACUCCGAGAUACACAUUGUCCCCAUCAAGCUUCCCCAAGAGAACUCUAAAGCAAGCGUUGUCGCCAUCAACCGCUCCCAAGAAGAGAACUCUGAAGCAAGUCCCGUCUCCAUCAAUCGAGCAUCCAACGGCCUCAUCCAGUUGGUCACUCAAAGAUCAACCUGGAGGGCCCCCAAGCGACAUCGAACAUGUGCUACUCUGAACUCUGAGGCAGUAGCUUUAUGCUUGAAGGUAAGGUUUCAUUUUGUCCUCAACAAACAUCGGAUUGAGGAGUCCCAGGAUGGAUGUGGUUGAUCAGGCGCCUAAGGCAUCAAAUUUUGGUUAUGUACUCCCUCUGUCCAGAAAUAAGUUUAUACAAAUCCAAGUCACUUAUUGCCGGAGUGAGGGAGUAUAUAAGUAUGAUGCUCUAGGCAAUGCCAACAGGCUGUAGUAUCCCAGUAAUCUGCUCGCAGCUGGUAUGAGAGCAGAAUCUUUUGCUUGUACUAUAUGGUGUUCCUUGUACUAUACUAUAUGGUAGGACUGCUGGUGCUUUAACUGAGUAAAGUUGGAGCUGACCCUAAUUACCUGAUCAGACCAACAAGUACGUACACUCCUAUUGUGCUGCAA